UCCGGAGCGGGGGGACUCGGUCCGCGCCCGCCGCGGAGGCCCCGAGCCCGCACACACCGCCCACCGGGCAGGGCAGGGCGGCCAGCCGGCCCCCCGGGCGCCCGGCACCAUGAGCAUCGAGAUCCCGCCGGGCCUCACCGAGCUGCUGCAGGGCUACACGGUGGAGGUGCUGCGGCACCGGCCGUCCGACCUGCUGGGCUUCGCCGCCGAGUACUUCGCCCGCCUGCGGGAUGCCCGCGACCAGGAGGCGGGCGGCGGCCGCAGGGUGGUCAGCUUCGACGGGGAGCCCAUGCAGACCGAGUCCAACGGCGACGAGGAGCCCGAGCGCGGCGACGAGGACUCGGACUCCGACUUCGAGCCUCCAGUUGUUAACAGAUACAACAGAAGAGUAUCAGUUUGUGCUGAAGCUUUCAAUCCAGAUGAAGAGGAAGAAGAUACAGAACAAAGGGUAGUUCAUCCAAAAACUGAUGAGCAGCGAUGCCGACUGCAGGAAGCUUGUAAAGAUAUCCUGCUCUUCAAAAACCUAGAUCAGGAGCAGCUGUCUCAGGUCCUUGAUGCCAUGUUUGAGAGGAAGGUGAAACCUCAGGAACAUGUGAUUGACCAAGGUGAUGAUGGAGAUAACUUCUAUGUCGUUGAGCGGGGACUGUACGAUAUUGUUGUAGCAAAAGACAACCAGUCGCGCUGUGUGGGCCGCUACGAUAAUCACGGCAGCUUUGGGGAACUGGCAUUGAUGUACAACACUCCUAGAGCUGCCACCAUUGUUGCCACAACAGAAGGAGCCCUUUGGGGACUGGAUCGAGUGACAUUCAGAAGAAUUAUACUGAAAAACAAUGCAAAGAAGAGGAAGACAUAUGAAUUAUUUAUUGAGUCUGUGCCCCUUCUCAAAUCCUUGGAGGCAUCAGAGCGAAUGAAGAUAGUGGAUGUUAUAGGAGAGAAAGUGUACCAAGAUGGGGAACGUAUCAUAUCUCAGGGCGAUAAAGCAGAUUGUUUUUACAUUGUAGAAUCUGGUGAAGUAAAAAUCUUGAUUAAAAGCAAGACUAUGACGAGUAAAGAAGCUAACCAAGAAGUGGAGAUUGCCCGGUGUCACAGAGGGCAGUAUUUUGGAGAGCUUGCACUUGUUACCAACAAACCCAGAGCAGCCUCUGCCUAUGCUGUUGGGGAGGUCAAAUGUUUAGUCAUGGAUGUGCAAGCAUUUGAGCGGUUGCUUGGACCCUGCAUGGACAUUAUGAAGAGGAAUAUAACACAUUACGAGGAGCAACUGGUGGCAAUGUUUGGCUCUAGCAUGGACCUAUUGGAUCCAGGGAAUUAGGCACAGGGUACCUCAAUGCCUUCUUAGUUCAAGACACAGAAAAGCCUCCUAUCAGCAACACAACUCACAAGGACAACGGACACUAUGGAACAGUUACUGCUGCUGUUUUCUUGGGCAUUUUAGAAACCAUAAACAAGUCUCAGCACAGAUGGAUUGCUCACUCCCUGCCUCCACUUUGCUGCUGAUACUUCAUUAUUAGACCUAGAUUAAAGAUGAUUCUAACCCUAUGUUCACUUACUUGGUUCAGAAUGGCAUCUGUCCAACAGUUCAAGUGCCUGAUACGAAACCCAAAGUGUGCAAGAUAUAGAAGCCUCCUUCCUUCUGGGUGUUACUGUUGGGAUAAAUUUUCCAAUCAGAUUCUGUAGUGGGAGGUUGCCUGUUCUGCAGAGGCAGCCUGUGGAAUACAAGCCGUUUAUGGGCUUAUUACCUUCAUAUGAUGCUUUCCUUACACAAUGUCAAAUUCGCUUUUAAUUGUAGCAUCUGGUUUUGAAGUUAAAGUAUCAAUGGAGCCAAUGAAUAAGAUGGCACUGAAAUUUCUGUCCACCUGCUGAAAGUGGCAGGUACUGAAUAGCUCUUUAAACCAAGUAAACCGACCUGGGGACAUGGGAGAGUCUGCUUAGCAUCUGAAUGCAGAAAAUGAAGCAUUACUAUAUUUUAAGUGUUUUCUGAGCAGCAAAGACAAUUGUUUUACUCUAUGCUGCCCAAAAAAGUGCAGUGGUUCAGAUCAAAUGGCCUGAAAGUGUCAUAAUUGUCAUCUCCCCAAACUUGCUCCUUGUUCCCGACACUGAGUACAUUUUAUGGUGGUGAGAUCACAACGUAUGACCUUCUCUUGCUUACAGAAAUCCUUUAUAUUGCUAGAUUUCCCAGGGCACAGUUGUUGACUGGGUCAGUUUUAAAGCUUUCUAAGGAGGUGAAUGUUUUGUAAUUUAAAUGAAGACUACUUCUGUACUUGUUUACAGGAGCUUCCCCCAGUCCUAACAUUUCACAGUAUUCUAACUUCAUUAGACACUUGGAUGCUUCCAAAUACCAUGUUUAUUUGCUAAACUUUUCAAAAGUUGGCAACAUUUGACUUUGUGAAGCAAAUGUCUUUGCUAACUACGCAGUUGGUGUGUUUGAGGAGUCUUUUUGGUCUAGGUGAUAACUAAGCUAAUGAUGUUUAUCUAAAAUACUUGUUAAAUUUGCAGCAUUUAUUAGGUAGAUUCUGUUUCUAUGGCUUUAAUGACCUUAAUUGGCAUAUGGCUGAGAUUUUAUCAGAGUAUUAUCUAAAUAAGAAUCAGACCAUAAGAAGGACAUUUUUAUGGUGUACAAACAGAAUAUUUAUAUUAAGACAUUGAUUUUGGAGGUAAUAAAUCUAGUGACCCUUUGAAUUUGCAUUCUUCCGCAGCUCAUGCAAAACAUACUGGUGUUUUAUAGGGUUAUAAAAUUUUAAUUGUGAAUGCUAAUGUAACAGAACCUGCUCUUUUUAUUCAUGGCCAUGUGAGCAAGAAUGGAAGGAUGCUAAUCUUGAAUUCCUGCUUUUAGUUAUCACAGUGGACGUUUCUCUGAGGCACGAGAUGCUUAGCAGCAACUCUUAAGUUGAUUUCUGGACACUUCCCUCCCCCCACCCCCCCACAAUGGAUUUUCCUCCCAUUUCCUGCAACAUGAGCAAGGUGGAAAGUUGAUCAAUUUGAAUGGCUGUUGUCCACUUACUGUAAUUUCAGUCAUAUUUUUAUAUAAUGCAAAUGAUUUGUAAUGGACACCACUGAUCUCGGUGUUUCCAUAUUAUUAAAGUCCUGGUUGUGAUGUCUAGUGGCUGUUCUAACUGCAUGUAUUUUAGAACAGUGAACUUCCGUUGCUUUCCUGGGCUGUUUCUUUGUCAUAAAUUACAGCCAAAGAAACAGCAAGUACUUCUCAUUCAUGCUUCCAAGGUUUAACACCAAAGACAAAAAUAAUUCUUUUGAUUACAGAAUUAAAAAGCAAACAACCCCCUAAUAAACUCAAAACAAGCCAACAAAAAACCCACAAAAAACCAAGAAGAGAUGAACAAACCCACUCAUCACGUUCUUGCAGUGAUAACAGAUUUAACUUUAAGAUGCUUUGGGCUCCAUGACAAGCGUCUUUCUGAAGCCA